AUGGACGCCUUGGACAACGUCUUCGAUCCAUUGAGAGAGUUCGCUAAGGACAGCGUCCGUCUUGUUAAGAGGUGCCACAAACCCGAUCGCAAAGAAUUCACGAAGGUGGCAUUUCGUACGGCGAUCGGAUUCGUUGUGAUGGGAUUUGUGGGGUUCUUCGUCAAGCUGAUCUUCAUCCCUAUCAACAACAUCAUCGUCGGAUCUGCUUAA